CUUUGGGUGGCGCUCAGAGGAAGUAAAGUGUCAAGUCUCGCCAAAAUAGAAAGAAACACACAAACUCCCCUGAUGAAACAACACACCACACAGCCAUAGAAGGCGAAGAACACAUUCCAUUCUGAGACUGCUGUCUGCAGGGGAGCAGGGUGGCUGGAAGGGAGAAAAUCUGGUGGAGUCAUGUUGAAGAAUGUUCCGGAAGGUCAAAAAGCGCCACAGCAGCAGCAGCUCCCAAAGCAGUGAGAUCAGCACCAAGAGCAAGUCUGUAGAUUCCAGUCUGGGAGGUCUGUCCAGGUCCAGCACCGUCGCCAGCCUCGACACCGACUCCACCAAGAGCUCAGGUAACAGUGUGUCAGAGGCAUGUGCAGAGUUCAGGGUCAAGUAUGUGGGUGCCAUUGAGAAGCUGCAGUUUGACAUGAGUAAGGUCCUCCAGGAGCCACUGGAUCUCAUCAACUACAUUGAUGCAGCCCAGCAAGAUGGCAAGCUGCCGUUUGUUCCUGGAGAUGAGGAGAUGGUAUUGGUAGUGUCCAAGUACGGCGUCAAAGUGGCCUCCAUGGAACAGUGUGAUGUUCUGCAUCGCCACCCCCUCUACCUGAUCGUGCGCAUGCUGUGCUAUGAUGACGGCCUGGGCGCCGGCAAGAACCUGCUGGCUCUGAAGACCACAGACACCAAGCAGCAAGAGUGCUGCAUCUGGGUCUACCAGUGUAGCACAGCGGAGCAGGCCCAGUCCAUCUGCAAGGUACUCUCUGCCUCCUUUGACUGCGCUUUAACCUCAGACAAGCCUUGAGGUGGCAGAUCGCCCAUUUUAAGGUACUCAACCUUCGACCUGCCUCAAGAGAGGACAUCAGGAGCCUGGGCUGCAGUUUACAGAAUAGUCAAAUGACUUACCCAGCAUGCCCUGCACCACAUUUACAUGCACCGUCAUCCAUCAAUCACAAACACACCCCAAAGUACAGUUGUUUUAAUUUAACAAAACAUAAUUGAAUGUAAAUACAAUGUGGUAACCAAGGAUGUAUCUUAUGAGGUUGGGCUUGGGAAGUGACUGUAUGGGAUUGAGGUAUUUUUGAUAAUAAUAGUUAGACCUUUACUGACCUCCUUUGUAGAAGGAAGGCAGCAGGAACAGUGGUACACUGCAGUCACUCCAUCCACCAGUGAGUACACACAACCAAGAUCAAGAUGCUGUAGAACCCCACAAAUAUUGUGUUUACGACACCUCUCCUCGUCAUGCUCAUUGGUACAGAUGGGAGUGAAUCAUUCAAGUACGGUACAAUAAAGACAUGGCAUUUUAAUUGA